AUGGGUUAUUUAAUGCCGACAAGAUUUUUAUUGCGGGUCAUAUUUUCUUUAUAUCUAUCUAUCUAUCUAUCUAUCUAUCUAUCUAUCUAUCUAUCUAUCGCAGUCAUAUUUUCUUCUAUCUAUCUAUCUAUCUAUCUAUCUAUCUAUCUAUCUAUCUAUCUAAGUAUAUAUUGGUUUGGUUUCUUUUACGGCAUAUCAACCUCAAUGGGUUAUUUAAUGCCGACAAGAUUUUUUAUUGCGGGUCAUAUUUUCUAUCUAUCUAUCUAUCUAUCUAUCUAUCUAUCUAUCUAUCUAUCUAUCUAUCUCAAUUUUAUUAUCAUACAUAUUUUCUAUCUAUCUAUCUAUCUAUCUAUCUAUCUAUCUAUCUAUCUAAAUUUUUAUUGCGGGUCAUAUUUUCUAUUUCUAUCUAUCUAUCUAUCUAUCUAUUAUCUAUCUAUCUAUCUAUCUAGGUAUAUAUUGGUUUGGUUUCUUUUACGGCAUAUCAACCUCAAUGGGUUAUUUAAUGCCGACAAUUUUAUUGCAUUAUUUAUCCCUAUCUAUCUAUCUAUCUAUCUAUCUAUCUAUCUAUCUAUCUAUCACAGUUUUGGUCAUAUUUUCUAUCUAUCUAUCUAUCUAUCUAAGUAUAUAUUGGUCAUAUUUUCUAUCUAUCUAUCUAUCUAUCUAUCUAUCUUCUUUAUCAAAUCUAAGUAUAUUGUUUGGUUUCUUUUACGGGGUUAUUUAAUGCCGACAAGAUUUUUAUUGCAUAUUUUCUAUCUAUCUAUCUAUCUAUCUAUCUAUCUAUCUAUCUAUCUAUCUAUCUCAUAUUUAUUUAUUAUUAUCCUAUCUAUUUCUAUUACCUAUCUAUUGAUCUAUCUAUCUAUCUAUCUAUCUAUCUAUCUAUCUUUCUAUCUAUCGCUCUGA